AUGGAGCCAAUGGCGAUCGUGACGGUGACCGGGGGCGUGCUGGGCCCGGUGAUCGUGCUCCUGUCGCGCAUCCAGCCCGUCGUCGACUUCUUCCGCCGCCUCUGCAACUGCCUCCGCCACCCUCAGCGUCGCCCUGCCAGGCCGCUCAGGGCGCCAUGGUAUAAGCCUGCAGCGGCAGAGGAGUAG